AAUACAUAUAUACCAGAGAGAGAGAGAGAGAGAGAGGAAAGGAGACUUUGAAGUCAACAGAGAAGGUCAAUGAGAUGUAGGCUUGCGACCGCGUGGAGAAAUGGAAAACCAUGGAUUUCUGUUAAAUCUCUUCGCUUUUAGGCUUCGAAUCUCAUCCCUGGUCAAAGAAGCACGCACCGUCGUUUUACACUCUUUCCUUCAGAUCGUCACCCACCUCCCCAUCCAUGGUCUUCCACUCAGGAGUUGAGGGCAGGAGCAGAAAACAAGGAAAAGAGCGGAAGAAGGGGACUGAGAAGGAGCGAAAGACAUGAACAAUAGCAUGGCGAUGUCGAGGAGCAGAUCCUAAUCCAAGGAUCUUGAAGCGAAAAAACAACCAAGAAGUGAAGAGUCUUGGUUUUCAAGCGUUGGCACUCAUACCCAAGUUGGAUAGUUUGUACUACAAAAAAUGGAGCACUCAGACGGUAGAAUCAAGUUCUUCCAGGCAAAUCAAGAAGUCAGCAACAUGACCAAUUUUACCACCGGCAGCACCGCCGCCGACUCGGCCAGUGGGGAGAUAGAAGAAGAAAACAGCAACAGGAGGGAGCACAUGUUUGAUAAGGUGGUUACACCAAGCGAUGUAGGCAAGCUCAACAGAUUGGUGAUCCCAAAACAGCACGCUGAGAAGUACUUCCCGCUAGAUACUUCCUCUAACGAGAAGGGCCUGCUUCUCAACUUUGAGGACAGUACCGGCAAGCAGUGGCGUUUCAGGUAUUCCUAUUGGAACAGCAGCCAGAGCUACGUGAUGACAAAAGGUUGGAGCCGCUUCGUGAAAGAGAAGAAGCUCGACGCCGGAGACAUAGUCUCGUUUGAGCGCAGCGCCAGCCGCUCAGGCGAGAGCAGGCUAUUCAUCAACUGGAAACGCCGACCUAAUGCACCGCCGGACCAUUCGGCUCUUCUUGGUUCCGGCUUAUUCUGGCCGAUGGGCUCCACUCGACCGGCACCCAUGCCUUCAAGUCACACGGGAUACUACAAUUUCUAUGGGUGUGGGAUCGGAUAUGUUGAGCCACAGACCAAUCCACUGUUCUACUUGAGAGGAGGAAGAAUGGGUCCGCAGCUGGUGGAGAGGGGCAGCGACUCGGUAGCCGUGGCCGGACACGUAGAGUACCCGCCGGCCGUAUUCGACUCGGUGCCGGUGGUUCAAGGGAAGGCAGCAGCCAAACGUGUGAGGCUGUUCGGUGUGAACCUUGAGUGUCCCAUUGAAAUGGAGGGUGAAGGAGAGGUGGUGGAGGAAGAAGAGGAGGCCGAAAGUAGCACCUGUGGUGCUGGAGAUGUUGAUGGUCUAUCUUCGAGUUCGAUGCCGAAUUGGCUGUCACAAGCUCCAUCGCACCUCCAGUUAAGACUUCAUGGCGGACCCAGCUCUCAUCAAGCACUGCCGACAGUCUCACAGCCAGAGUUGCCAAGAAAAGGGAAGCCUCCAUCUCUUUCUUUCGAUUUAUAGCCAUCAGUACUGCUUCUUGAGAUCGAUCGGAAGUCACCACAUUACUAGAUGAAUAUUAAUUUUCAUGUUAUUAUCGAAGGUACGAUGCUAGGCUUCAUCUUCAGAGUUGAGGAUCGAUCGAGGGAUGAUAUCUAUUGAUUUCUUCUCCUUGAUCAGGCCUUUUCAUGGCAAAAAGAAAAAUGGAAGAACCAUGUAUCCAUUUUUUCUUUUUUUGGUUCUAGAUCUAUCACAUGGCCAUUGACUACAAAGUAGUAGUACAAUGUGCAGAUUUGGUCACUAGAGUUCAAAGUGCUUGUUAAACAAUCAUGUAGUUGGUUUUUCGGAUGGAAGUGAAAGCGAAGAGUGGAUCCAUACUUUGCUUGGGUUUUCCUGAGUUAUUGCUAUCGAAUUUUCUGAGACACUGUCAAUGCAUUUUUGCCCCACCGUGGUCAUUGUAAAAUUUCAUAGAUCUGUGAUCCAGUUUAAGUCUGAAGGAUGCUCAAUAGCUGUUGGUUAC